AGAUAUAUGUUCUUGGAUGUCCUGAUCAUUUUCUAAAAGUCUGCUUCCUCAUAGUCUUUUACAGGCCUACUGAAUUUACAGUUAUUCUGCAUAAGUGAGUUUUGUAGACAUGGUGUGCCACCUCCAAUUUUACAAUAACUGAUUGUUUUAGAAUAUACUUUAUAUGCAUUUUCAGGAAGGAGAAGAUGCAGCAUAAGCAGAUAUUAUUCCCAGUUGAAUUACUGUGUCAGAGAACUAAAUGAAGUAUAACUGAAAUUGUCUCCUAUUACUAAGGUAUUGCUGAAAUCCUAAUGAACCGACCCCACGCGAGAAAUUCACUGGGAAAAGUAUUUGUAAAUGAACUGUUCAGUGCCCUGGAACAGCUGCGCUUCGAUGAGCAGGUGCGGGUGGUGGUGUUCAAGAGCCAGGUGAAAGGAGUGUUCUGUGCAGGAGCAGAUUUAAAGGAACGUGCAAAGAUGGAUGAUGCAGAAGUUGGAGAGUUUGUUAGAAGACUGAGAAAUCUUAUGGAUGAAAUAGCUGCCCUGCCUGUGCCCACGAUCGCUGCAAUCGAUGGCUACGCCUUGGGUGGCGGAUUAGAGCUGGCCCUGGCCUGUGACCUCCGCGUGGCAGCUUCAUCAGCUAAAAUGGGCCUUAUUGAGACCACACGAGGACUUCUGCCUGGAGCAGGUGGAACCCAGCGCCUGCCCAGAUGUGUUGGAAUAGGCCUUGCCAAGGAACUCAUUUUCACUGGCAGACAGGUUGAUGGAGAACAGGCAGCCUCCAUGGGGCUGGUAAAUCACUCAGUGCCCCAGAACAGCGAGGGAGACGCAGCUUACCAGAGAGCUUUGACUUUGGCUAAAGAAAUCCUGCCCCAGGCACCGUUUGCUGUGAAAAUGGGAAAACUGGCAAUAAACAAAGGAAUGGAGGUUGACAUUGCAUCAGGGAUGGCUAUUGAGGGGAUGUGUUAUGCCCAGAAUAUUCCCACCAAAGAUCGUCAGGAAGGGAUGGCUGCCUUCAGGGAGAAGCGACCGCCUCGGUUCACCGGCAAAUAACCCGUCCUGCUUCCCCUUGAGUGGCUGGAGAUCCACUGAUUUCUUAGGAUUAUUUUUAUUAUUACACCAUUCUGUGCACUUAGCUCCUUGCCUUGGACUGCAUUUCUAACUAUUCCACUGGAUCGUUUUUCUGUACAAAUAUCCAAAUAAAGAUUUAACUUUGUACUCCUGA